AUUUAACUGUAUUUGUCUAAUGUCUGCAAAGAGUGCCAUCCAAGUGUGCAUCAAGCUGCGUCCCUGCGAACCAGGAAAUACCACAUUGUGGCAGGUGAAAGACAAGCGCACAAUUCAGCUAAUCGACAGCCAAGCAGAUCCCUGUGUUUUUGAUUAUGUAUUCGAUCAGGAUUCGAACAAUCAAAUGGUUUUCGAUUGCAUGGCCAAGCACAUCGUGGAGGCGUGCAUUAAGGGCUUUAAUGGCACCAUAUUCGCCUAUGGGCAAACAUCAUCGGGUAAAACAUACACCAUGAUGGGCGAUGAGCGCAAUCCGGGCGUCAUGGUGCUGGCAGCCAAGGAGAUAUUUAAUCAGAUUGCCCUCUACGAUGAUCGCGAAUUUCUGAUACGUGUCGGCUACAUUGAGAUCUACAAUGAGAAAAUCUACGAUUUGCUGAACAAGAAGAAUCAGGAUCUCAAGAUACACGAGAGUAAUGGGAUGGUGCAUGUGAAUUGUGAGGAGUGCAUCAUUACCAGCGAGCAUGAUCUGCUCCAGUUCCUGUGCAUGGGUAACAAGGAGCGCACCGUGGGCGAAACCAAUAUGAACGAACGUUCCAGUCGAUCACAUGCCAUAUUUCGCAUUAUCAUUGAGUCACGUAAAACUGAUCAUAAUGCCGAUGAUGCCGUCAUUCAGAGCCUGCUAAAUCUGGUGGAUUUGGCCGGUUCGGAGCGAGCCGAUCAGACGGGUGCACGGGGUGCUCGUCUUAAGGAGGGCGGUCACAUUAACAAGAGCCUGCACUUUCUGAGCAACGUGAUCAAGAGCCUGGCCGAGAACGAGGACAACAAAUACGUAAAUUUUCGCGACUCCAAAUUGACGCGUAUAUUGCAGGCAUCGCUGGGUGGGAACACGUUCACCUCGAUUAUAUGCAGCAUUAAGCCAUCGAUUAUGGAGGAAUCGCAGUCGACGCUGAACUUUGCAAUGCGUGCGAAGAAGAUACGCUUGAAGCCACAAAUAAAUGAGCUUGUAUCGGAUGCAACGAUGAUGAAGCGUCUCGAGCGUGAAAUUAAGGAGCUCAAGGAUCGCUUGGCGAAGGAACAGGAACGUAAUGAAAGCCAGAUCAAAGUCAGAGUUUUGGAGCAGAGAAUCAAGAAUGAUACUCUGAAAAUCAUAACCGGCACUACAAUUGCUGAUAAACGCAAUAAAAAUCGCCGACGCACUUGGUGUCCGGCAACAUCGCAUCCGGAGGCAGCGACGGGAGAAGAUUUGGCUGGGUCAGAUGGUUCAAAUGCUGACCAGCCCAAGCAUUCGGGUCUACCAAAACCAAGUUUCUAUCCAUCGGGUUCGCAUAUAAGACACCGUGCUCUUAACGCACCCAAGACCAUAAACAUUAUGAAAUCGCUGGAAAUCGAAGAGACUGACGAGGAAUUCAAUCCAGCCGUUGAGUUCGAUUUUGGACCUGUCCCAAGCCCAAUGGUUACCCAACGAAUCCUGCCACCACUAUCCUUAACGCCACGCGUGGGCGAAAUUGAAGGUAAAGCAAUGCAUGUACGCGACAUUACGGAGCUGAAUACCUUCCUCGAUCUAGAGCAAAACAUAGCCUGCGAGUGGGAAGAUUUAAGCGAAAAGUUUGCUGCGGCACAAGCUCAAAUUGAUGAGCUACAAUCCGAGCGACUGAAUCUAAUGCAGCGCUGCGAAGAUUUUGAUAGCCUGACCGAGUCGAAGCUGGCUGGUGAUACCAAAAUCGAGGCAUAUGAGGAGCAGCUGCAAACGUUGAAGCAAACCGUUCAGCGACUGGAAAUGGAAAAUCGUUUGGCUGUCGACUUGGAAUUUCAGUUUGAAAACCACAAAUCGAAGUCAAAGCGGCGGGAGGAGGAGCUCUUGGCGGCCAUCUCAGAGAAAGAUGGCGCCAUCGGUGGCCUGCAACAUAAGCUCGAUGAGUUGUCGAGGGAUGUGCUGCGCAACAGCAAGGAGGAUCACAUGCUUUCCAUUUGCCCCGAGAUCGAAACCAAUUGCGAGAGCAUUUGCAACAAGUGCGCAAAUCUCGAGCGUCUGCUGGAGGAGCACAAACAGACGACAGCCAAUGUGGAGGGGACCCAGUCGAUUGAUUGUGAAUGCGAACAGUUGCGUGUGGAAAUCGCCAAGACACGGGCACAGCUGGAGACCGUCCAACUGGCGUACAAACAGGUGACCAGCGAUGUCGCGGAGAAAUCGCAGCUCUGUGAUCGUCUGGGUCAGGACUUUGUGGCCGCCGAGGAGGCCAAGGAACUACUCCAGGAUAAAUGCAAUAUUCUCGAGGAGACGCAACAGCAACACAAUCAGAUCCUGCAAUCGAUGCAGGCCAAAUAUGAGGCCAUGCAAGAGAAGUAUGUGAAAUUGCAGGAGGAUUAUGAACGCCUCGAAUCGAUGCAGGAGAAGUAUGUGCAAUUGCAGCAGGACUAUGAGCUGCGUGAAUCCAGUCAAGAAAAGUAUGCGAAACUGCAGCAGGAUUAUGCCCAGCUCGAAAGCCAAAACGAAAGUUUGCAAGAGGAAAUCCGAACGCUGAAAACAUCUAUGCAGCAGAUUCAAGAAGAACUCAUGCAGACUGCAACGGCAACAGCGAGCACAGCCGAGAUCAACGAUGCACUUGUACAGCAGUUGAGGUCGCGCAACGAGGAGCUCAUCGAGAACCUGGCCAUAAUGGAGACUAAAUUCGAGGAAAUCCAACGAGAAUACGAUGAUCUGUCUAACCAGCUAAUGGAGAGCGUUCAGGAUGGCGACAGUCUGCGAGCUCAGUGCAAUGCCCUGCAAGAGCAGCUCAAACAGCAACAGCAAAUGUCGGCUGCAAAUGCAACUGCUGCUGGUGCCGAGGCUGCUGAGAAGAAAACGGAACAAUUGCUGGCACACAUCGCUCAGCUGGAGAGUGAAGUGGCCGAGAAGAAUAUGCUGAUUGAUGCCACCGAGGGUACAAUCAACGAGAUGCGUGAACAGAUGACAAAUCUGGAAUCGGCGCUGCUGGAGAAAUCGGUGAUCGUCAACAAAGUGGAGGACUAUCAGCGACAAAUCGAAUCGCUCGAGAAACAGCAUGCCGAAAUGACCAUGGUCUGUGAAGAGCUGCAAGAGAAGGUUAAGGAGAACACCCUCAACGAAAGCGAGAGCCAACUCAUGUCCAGCAGCGGACAAACGCUGUUCAACAGCGACAGCAGCGGAACAGCAACGGAGACCGAGCUUGAUCUGCUCACAGCCAAAUUAUCUGAUCUGAAAACUGAAUCUUAUCAGCUGCAAUUGCUGCUGAGCACCAAGGACGAACUGAUCGAGAGAAUACAGUCGGAACUGCAGGAGCUCAACGAACGCUGCAUGAAUAUGGAUGUGUUGCAGGUGGAACUCCAAGCGAACGCUCGUCAAAAUCAACAGUUGCUCGAGCGACAGUCCGCCAAAUUGGCGGACGAUGCCGAUCGCAUUGAUAAACUGCAGGAAACGAAUGCACAGUUGCUGGAGCGCAGCAUCAAGGCUGAAGAGACUGUGGAUGCAUUGAAACAGCGUCUUGAACUUGCAGCACAAGUUGCAUGCUCUGCGGACGAAUACGAGAAGCAUCUCCACGAAAUGCAAAUCGCAUCGGAGACGUCCCAAAAGGAGUUCGAAUUGAGGGAGCAGCAGAAUAAAGAAAAACUAGAGUCAUCCAGGGAGGAAUACGAGAAGCGUCUUAAUGAAAUGCAAGCUGCACUGGAGAUGUCGCAAAAGGAAUUUGAACUGAAGUGGCAAGAGAAUGACAAAAAGAUAAAGUGCUCCAAAGUGGAUUACGAGAAGCGGUUGAGCGAUAUGAAAACUGCACUUGAGGCGAAUCAAAAGCAGCAUAAGGAUGCGCUUGAUAAUGCUAAGCUGGAGUAUUUGCAGAAGAUCGAGGCCAGCGAGAGUCGGUUCCGUACGAAUCUGCGCAAAUCCAACAUUGAAUGGGAGCAGGACAAGGCUCGCUACGAGGCCAGUUUGGAACGAUUGCAAAAACAAUUGUCGCAGAGUGAGGAACAAUUGGAGAAGCUCAGCGCUGAUAGCUGCACAAAACUCUUGGACAUUAAGGCGGCCAAUGAGCUGGCAGUCGAUCAAUUGGUUAAAGAGAAACACGAGCUGGAAUCAAUGUACGAUGAAAGCCAGAAGCUAGUGCAGAAGUUACAAAGUGAAUUGAGCAGCAAGUGUCUGGAGGAGAAGCAAGAUCAGGAUGAAAAGUUGCAAGAGCUGCUCGACAAAUACGAGAAGCAGAUGCAUGACUACGAACAGCUCAAGGCAGAGUAUACACUUAGCCUGGACAACCUGAAGCUGGAGAAGAGCUCAUUACAAUUUGCCGUCGAUGAGAGCAAAUCGAUAAUAGAACGCUUGAACAACGAACUCCAAGCCGAGCACAACGAUCAGCAACAGUUGACGAGUAGGUUGGAACAAUUGGAGUCUGAGCUAGUAGCCAACGCUGCAGAGAAGGCCAUAUUUUUGGAGAAGGUGGAAACAUUAAGUACCAAAAUUGCUGGUCUAGUCGAGGAGGUUAAGCAAGCCGAAUUGAAGGCAAUCGAUUUUGAUAAGCUCCACAGCGAGCAUGAAGAAACCAUAUGUCUUCUAAACGCAGCGAACGAUCUCAGCAAGAAUCUGGCGCAAAAAGUGAAGAAUCUCGACAAAGAAUUGAUGCUGACUCACAUUGAGGUUAAAACGCACAGCGCCAAAGUCGAUCAACUGCAAUCCGAAUUGGAGGCAACGUUGCUUAUGCAGAGCACUGCCAGUUCCGAGCAAUCCAGCUUGACGAACAAGCUCAAGGAACUGAAGGCAACCCUAUUUGAACAAUCCAAUCAAUUUGAGCACAAAUUGAAGGAGGUGCAGAGCUCGAAGAAUGAACUGCAGUUGCAGCUGGACUCAUUGCUCACUAAUAAACUGGAGCUGGAGACAGCGAAUCAGCAGCUGACAGUAAAACUGAAAAAUGUCCUAAAUAUGCAGAGUGAUUUGGACAAGGAGCGCGAAAGCAAUGCCAAAUUGCAGCGGUGCACAGUGCAGCUGCAGUCAAAGAUUGACUCCAACGAGAAGAUCUUGCAGCAACUGAAACUGGAAAAUGCUCAGCUUGAGGAACGACUGACUUCAGUUACCACGGAAGCCAGUAAAAAGAGCUCAGAACUGGGCAACCGCAUUGAAAUCUUGCAAAAGGAAAUCAAUAAAUUGCGCACUUUGCUGAAAACGAAUAGAAGCAACUUUGAUGCUGAGCGAUUACGCCUGGAUGGCACAAUUUCUAGUCUAUUGGACGACAAGCGCAACUUGGAGGAGAAAAUCUGCACGACCGAAGAGAUUCUCAAGAAGCUGGAGUCGGACUUGAGAGCUAAGGCCAAUGGCAGCAAUUUAUCAUUUGACUCAAAUUCGUCGAGCACAUCAUCUGCACCCCGAAAGAGUUUGGAUCGUGAGACUAAUCAUCCAAGGAAAUCCAUAUCAUCGGAGUCUGAGUUACGCAAAAAUAGACGAAUUAGCACACACGAUGAAUGGCGUCGUCAGUCGUAUUGGAAUGAUUCGAGGCAUGUGGCCUGCAUGACGGAUCCAGUCGAUAAAAACUGCAACUGUGAGGAGCUUGAUAGUAAGCUGAAGGAUUGUCAACGCCAGCUUUUCAUAGCUGAAAGCAUCGUGACUACGCAGAAUAUGGAGUUGAAGAAUCAUCCGCUAAAAGAGGAAACAGCCACACUGAAGAAACGUCUCCAGGAGGAGCAGGCGAAGGCGCGCGAUGAGAUCAAACGCUUAAGGCAAAAGAAUUUGGAUCUGAUGAGCAAGGUUAACGUUCAGGCAGCAUCUGCAGCCAUCUCGGCCAGCAGCAGCCAAGUGGCAACGACGACGGCUCAAGCCGGCAAGCAGUUGUCAACCGCAGAGACGCAAACGGAGUCCGAUGUGGAGACGGCUUUACAGAAAAUUACUGAUAAGUUGAAUGAAAGCUUGCGACUGUGUCGCAUUCGUUAUCACAAAAUUAAGGAUUUGGAGGAUAAGUUAAAGCAAAAUGAAAAUGCCGACGCCUCCAUUUCCCUCCAGACAACUGGCCAAAUUAAUGUACUUAAGUCCCAAUUGGAGGUGCAGAAAAAAGACUUUGCUGCCCUAAACAAUAAGUAUGAGUACGCGAAACGGGCCCUCAAAUUGCGCGGAGAUGAGCUGGAUAAACUCCGGAAAGUCGCUGACGCCGACCUGGCGGCACCCUCUAAAUAAGUCAUAUAUUGAUAGUAUUACAAUUGUUGAGUUAUCUUAAAAUAAUUUAUGUUAAGUGUGCUUAGAGUUAAGGUUGUAAUUAAAGAGCAGCCAAAUUUGUGAGUGAGCGAGCAAGUAAAUAUUGUGUGGCAUAGAAAAUGUCGAAGAUGUCGGCGGAAGAGUGAGUUAUUGAAAUUAAUGCAUAAAAUAUGUUUUCAUAAUUGUUGUUUUAUAUGUAAUAAACGUUUUCGUUGGUUUACAACCUUAAA